GUAUGGCGACAGAAAGAGAAGAAGUCACACAAGAACUACGAAACGCAUUUACUAUCGAUGAUGACUUAAAUUGCAAUGAAAAGACCAAGAUGAAAAUCGACGACAGCGAAGAGUCCAAGGCCAAGUCGUCAAGAAGCAAAGCUUUGGGUCUAGCGUAUGCUAUCGAUGACAAUCCACCAUGGUACACAUGUCUGCUGUUAGGGUUUCAGCAUUAUUUAACGAUGGUUGGAGGGACAUUAUCAAUACCAUUYAUCCUAAGUGGACCGAUGUGCUUUGCUGACAAGCCCUUGGUGGUGGCAGAGGUUUUCGGAACUGUGAUCUUUUGCUCUGGGAUUGUCACUAUUUUCCAAACCAUCUUUGGUAUCAGGUUACCAAUUCUUCAAGGUGGCACCUUCUCAUUUCUUGCACCAACUUUAGCCAUUCUUUCCUUGCCAAGGUUCCAAUGCCCGUCUACAGGUGGAACAUCUGGUAUAGCUAAUAAUAGUACCAACUCGAGUAGUGGUAUUGAUGGUGAUGAAGUCUGGAAGAUACGAAUGAGGGAGAUCCAAGGUGCCAUCGUGGUGUCGUCUCUCUUACAAAUUUUCAUAGGCUUCACUGGACUUAUUGGGUUCUUUUUGCGAUUUAUUGGACCCAUUGCAGUCGCUCCUACCAUCACCUUAAUWGGCCUGGCACUAUUUCAUGUAGCUGCUGAACACGCUGGUAACCACUGGGCAAUAUCAAUGACGACYAUAGUSUUUAUCACACUGUGYUCGCAAGUUUUGUCGAAUGUCAAAGUUCCUUUACCAUCGUGGAAUACAACAAAAGGUUUUCACAUCGCUUGGGCUCCAUGUUUCAAGCUAUUCCCGAUUUUCAUUGCUAUGCUGUUGUCGUGGAUCGUCUGUGCUAUCGUUACGUUUGCUGGGGGUUUUCCAUCUGACCCCAAAGAACCUGGUUUUAAAGCAAGGAUUGACUGGAGAACAAUUGUGCUUCAAGAAGCAAAGUGGUUUCGCGUCCCUUACCCAGGUCAGUGGGGAACACCAACCGUCAGUGCCGCAGGGGUUUUUGGGAUGUUUGCCGGCGUCCUUGCAUCAAUAAUAGAAUCAGUUGGCGACUACUAUGCAUGCGCAAGACUUUCCGGGGCACCACCUCCSCCAAAGCAUGCGAUAAAUCGAGGAAUCGGGAUUGAAGGAAUUGGAUGCUUGAUUACUGGAAUAGUCGGGAGUGGUAACGGUACAACAUCGUACAGUGAGAACAUCGGAGCCAUUAGUAUCACCAAGGUUGGCAGUCUCCGUGUUCUACAGUUUGCUGGGGUGGUUAUGAUAGUCAUAGGGGUGACUGGAAAGAUAGGUGCUCUGUUCACAACCAUCCCAGACCCCAUCGUUGGAGGCGUGUUCAUGGUCAUGUUUGGGAUCAUAGGAGCGGUUGGCAUAUCGAACUUGCAGUUUGUGGACUUGAACUCUUCGAGGAACAUCUUCAUAAUUGGUUUGUCACUACUGAUGGGCUUGUCUUUGCCAAAUUACAUGAAGAACCAUCCUAAUGCUAUUAACACAGGCGUCAACGAAAUCGACCAGAUCAUCUCAGUGUUGCUCAAAACUGGCAUGGCAGUCGGUGGUUUUAUUGCUCUUUUCCUGGACAACGUAAUUCCAGGAACACCCGAAGAACGCGGGCUCACUGUGUGGCGUAAAAUGGCUUCUGAACAAAACGACAAGGCUAAAGCAACUUUGGCACCAAUGACCAUUUACAACCUUCCUUUUGGUWUGAAUCGCCUUAGUUCAUUCGCGUUUGCCAAGUAUAUCCCGUUCAUGCCGUACUACCCAAAAGGAAUCAAUAUUUCUGAAGACGGAAAGGAUGGUUCUAUUGGUGGUGACUUGGGGGARUGUCAUGAAAACGGAGCAGUUGCGGAUGGUAAUUUGACAGCUCAAUCGCAAGUAUGAUGUAGAUUUGUWCGACAAACUAGGGCUCAUUUUGUUUUACUAUUAUUAUUAUAAAGUAGGAAGUGUUAAAAACUUUUUAAUAUUUAUGUGUGAACUUCUGAAGUCUGUUACUUGGUAUUCUUGAAUUAAUGAUUGACUAAUGUUUUUCGAGUGUAUUGGUAAAGUUCCUUCUAAAACUCUUCUCUGUACGUCUGGGUGUUCAUUGUUGUUUUCUUCACUGAGYCUCGUAUUCAUGACCAAAAUGGCGUCGAAACGUAGUGAAAAAAAAAAGCUGUCAAAAGUGCCGAAGCUCAAUGAAGAAGGUGACAAUUAUAUUGGUACGAUUAGCGAGUUUUAGAUCGUUCAAACGAUUCUAUCUGAGUGGGCUCGGCUGGGUCCGGUCCACUGUGCACUUGCCGGAUAAAUUACUCUCGAUUUGGCAAGCAAAAUCAUUUACUCAAGGAAUACCGUCUCAGCUUUCUGACAUUUGUUAUAAAAGUAAAACAGCUGGUAGCCAACUAUAAACUUCCGAGUACUGAGACCUCGUAGCUUUAAUUUAGGCUCCUUCGCAGGGYAGACUUCAUUUUGACCUUUUGGGAUCCCUCUGGUACAGUAUUGACCGAACAGGGAGCUCAUCUUUUUGUGGGUAACACUGAGACGGUCUCCAUCGGUCAUAUUGAGUAAGACAUGAAACUCAAAUUAAAAAAUUGAAAAGGAGAGACGCGUGCGGAGGAGGUCAAUUGUAGACGAAAAUAUUGAAACCUGUUUAUCCAACCAGAAUCUAGUUUUAAAAAUCAKCUAGCACCAGAAUCCUCAGCUUUCUUGAGAUUUUUGUCGCCGCUAUGUUGGAAUAAUAAAGAAAUUACAAACUAGACUUGCCAGAACUUGGACUCUCUUUUGACUAAAAAAAUAACGAAGAAAGAUAUCGAAAAAUAUCGUUUUCAUCCAAAAUGGCGUCUAUGAGGUGGACAUCAAGAACWUAAAUUCGCAGUAACGUUGAUGACAUGUGUCAGUCAUCGAAGUUAUAGUCUAUGUCCACUAGGGUGUCAAUGCUAAAACCGCCUUGUGCURACCAAACAGUACUAAUAGCGCAAUAUAAUAUAGUAAAAUAUCCAAUAGAAAACAAACGAAUGCGCUAUUCAAUGACUGAAGWUUUAAAUGGUUUUAGUUUUUGCACCCUAAUGACUUUGCCAACUAGUUCAAAUAUUGUAAAAAAAAAAWAGGAAAUUCAUUUUAUAGGAUCUUACAACUAUUUUUAUAACUUUAGUUUAUUUAUAUUAUUUUUCUUGAUGGCUUGAUGAACCUAUUUACACCAUAAUUAGACUUAUAUAGUAAGAGAAACUCGGAUGUGGAUAUAAAACACGUAUAGGAUUUACAGUAUGUCCACGAAUGCAGCAGUUWUAAAUACGUUGAAUCUUUAAAAUGCAACUCCAAGACCGAAAUGCAUUAUGGGAUAAUUUCACUUCUCUCAACGUUCAAGAACAGGYGAGAACCCACAAUGCACCUCGGUUCUUAUCCACAAUGCACUUCGGGUUUUAAUUUAGAAGUUAAAGUUUUUAUAAAAAAAAGCUGUAACAUACUUCGUUAUAUCUGGUUAUAAUAAAGGCCUCCAAACCGAAA